UCCAUAAGUCUUUCAACGCAUCCUCAGAUAUCAAGGACUCAAUGUAUUUGUUUAAAUUAAUGGAUGAAGUUGUUCAGGAAGUUGGGCCAGAUUAUGUUGUCCAGGUUGUGACUGAUAAUGCCUCCAAUUUCAAAAAGGUUGGUACUUUACUUAUGGUGAAGUAUCCCACCUUAUACUGGACACCUUGUGCAGCCCAUUGUAUUGAUUUGAUGUUCAAAGACAUUGGUGAAAUGAACAAAGUGCAGACAUUGGUUUCUGAUGCCAAGAUGAUCACCAAUUUCAUCUACAAUCACAGCUAGGUGUUGGCAUUGAUGAGAAAGUACACAAAAGGUGACUUGGUGAGGCCCGCAGCAACAAGGUUUGCAACAAAUUAUAUUGCACUUGAUAGUAUUCAAAAACGGAAGGAAGGGUUAGUUAAGUCAUUCACCUCUAAUGAGUGGUUCAGUAGUAGAUAUGCAACCACUGAAAUUGGAAAAACUAUUCAAGAUCUAAUCACCUCAACAAAGUUUUGGGAAAGGAUAUACUGAUUUACUAAGAUUAUGCAACCACUAUUUGUGAUACUUAAAGUAGUUGAUGGUGAUAAGGCACAGACGAUGAAAAAUAUAGUGCAUUGUAUGGAAGUUGUCAAACAAAAGAUAGAAGAGGAGAACCCAAAGUCAUUUAAGGCAUUUUUGAAGAUUAUAAAUCGUCGAUGGGAAAAUAAUUUGGUUCAAGACCUUCAUCGGGCAGCCUAUUAUUUGAAUCCGGAUCUGCACUACAAGAACAAUUUAAGGUUUAGGAAAGAUUUGAUGGAAUCUUUGAAGGAUGUUAUCAACAAGUUAGCUCCUAAUAUUGAUUCGGCCAAAGAUGCAGUUGAAGAGCUGAUUGGUGGAUGAACUAUGGAUGGAGCGCUCCAAGCUUGAGGCCAAUCGCAAUGAAAAUAUUAUCAUGCACGGCAUCCUCAAGUGGUUGCGAACGUAACUGGAGUACGUUCGGAUUGAUACACACCAAACCUCGGAAUCGUCUGAGUUAUGAGAAGCUAGAGAAGCUAGUGUAUGUGCACUACAACAUGAAAUUGAAGAUGAAAUAUUUAGAAUUGGAGA